GGAAGGCUGCGGACUGAAGCUGGUAAACCAGUCAGGAACACAACAAUGCAUUCUGCCAUGAUGCUUCUGGGUGUCUUAUUUGGGUUGUUGGCCCAGGCGAGCACGCUACCUGUCAAGAACUCCACUGGUGUACAUGAGGGGAAGCUGAGGUUGAAAAGGAAAUACUCAGAUGAAGUCCAUGACCAUGAUGAAAUGACCGCAAUGGACCAAAUCCUGGUAGUCAAUAGCAGGAUGCGAGCCCCUAGAGGACUGUCAUUCAGAGAGGGAGAUAUUGCCACUUCAUACAUACGGAGCGCCAUAAACUGCCCCGGCAACGCCUGUCUGUGGCCUAAAGCAGUGGAUGGAUUUGUUUAUGUGCCCUUUAUCAUUUCUCCAUUAUAUGACGACAUGGACAGAAUCACCAUAGAAACUGGGAUGCAAGACAUUUCCUCUGGAACGUGCAUUAAAUUUGUUCCACGCACUCAUGAAUCCAGCUUCCUUGAUAUUCAGCCUAGAUAUGGGUGAGCAUGACUCCUGUUUAUGGCUUCUUAUGUUAUGAUUUUGCAUUGCGGUGACGAUUUUUUUCUCUGCACCCCAAGCUGCUGGUCGUUCCUGGGACAGACUGGAGGAAGCCAGACGCUGUCGCUGCAGACUCCUGGGUGCAUGUGGUCAGGAGUGGCUGCCCACGAGUU